AUGGCUGCACCCCGGCCACGCUGCCCCGGGCAUGCCGCCUCGUUUGGUUGCCAGGUCGUUGAUUCGGCAGCCGAAAGCUCUGGGCACAACCAGCUACUGCAGACAGUGGACACCGGAUUCACCGCGGACUCAGUGGAGUGGUGCCCGCUGGACGGCCGCAGACACCUGCUUGCGUGCGGCACCUACCAGCUGCGGAAGCCGGAAGAGAGCAAGGUGUGGGGUCCACACGAGCAUGGUGUGGACUUGGAUGGGAAGUCUCCACUUCGCCUUGGCCGUGUCUACCUGUACAGCCUCAGUGAGGACCUUGCUUCUCCCCUGGUUGAAGUCCAGAGAAGGGACAUGGCUGCGAUCCUGGACAUGAAAUGGUGCCAUGUUCCAGUGGCCGGCCACACCCUCUUGGGCCUGGCAGAUGCUAGUGGAUCCAUACAGCUGCUCCAUUUGGUGGGCUCUGAGAAGAGCGUCUACUCACUGCAGCCCUUCUGCAGCCUCACCCUGGAGGAGCAGAGCCUGGCCUUGUCCCUGGACUGGUCCAGUAGGAAGAGUACAAGGGCCAGCGGCCAGCCUGUGAACAUCAUUUGCAGUGAUUCUCGGGGUCAACUCCAUCUGCUGGCAGUGGGCGAGGCCGAGCCAGGGCUGCAGGCACUGGGCACCUGGCAGGCCCACCAGUUCGAGGCCUGGGUUGCAGCUUUUGACUGCUGGCACACGGAGACUGUAUACUCAGGUGGCGAUGAUGGGCUCCUGAAAGGCUGGGACAUUAGGACGCAGUGCCGCUCGCCUCUGUUCACCAGUGAGAGGCACUCCAUGGGCGUGUGCAGCAUCCAGAGCAGCCCCCACCAUGAGCACAUCCUGGCCACAGGAAGCUAUGAUGAGCACAUUCUGCUGUGGGACACACGUCUGAUGACACGCCCGUUGGCUGACACCCCUGUGCAGGGCGGUGUGUGGCGUCUCAAGUGGCACCCUCUGCACCCCCACCUGCUGCUGGCAGCCUGCAUGCACGGUGGCUUCAGGGUCCUCAACUGCCAGAAGGUGACAGAGGAGCAGCAGGACACUUGCACAAUCAUGGUGUCCCAUACAAAACAGAACUCACUGACAUAUGGUGCCGACUGGUCCUGCCUAUCCCCCUCGGUGUCCUUCCACCAUGAUGUGAAUGCCACGUCCACAGAUGCUGUGCACAGCCUCAAGUUCCCUGACACAUCAGCGACCACCCCUUCAGAUCGUGGGGGAGACAGAGACACGGUGGGGCUCACCCCACAAACCAAGUCCCUGCUAGUGGUAGGGGCCAAGUGCCACAACUGUGACCCCACCCUGUACAGGGAAGACACAGACACCAGCCUUCUUGCCACAUGCCCUUUCCACAAUGCACUUCAGUGUCGUGCCUUGUCCCCACGUCAGCUCAUCAGGAGGGCCCUCACCAUCUGA